CGACGAAACGUCAAAUCCAUGGCGUCGGCCGAGUGGAUCAUCGUCGUCAAUGACGACGGCAAGGCAUCGUACGUCCACGCAACGACGGGCGAGGUGUCGUGGGAGGCGCCGGCAGAUGCGAGCGAGUGGGAAGAAAUCGUCGACGUCUACGGCUCGGGCCACACGUACUAUGUCAAUAAGCGCACCAACGAGAGCCGGUGGGAGCUCCCGACCGAGCCCGAGUGGGUUCCGAUUCGUCCGGCGACGGCCGACAACGACGAGGCGGCGUACGUCAAUCAGUACACGCUCGCCCUCUCGACGUCGCACCCGCAGUCAGCGCUGGACCCGCAAGUACAUGCAGUGUUGACGCCCGACGUGGUUGCGGCGCUCGCACUGCCGCCGGACCAAGAUGCAAAGCUCCAAGCACUACUCAAUCGCCCCAAGAGCAUCUACAAGAUCGGACCACCCCCCGCGAGCAUGCUGCACAUAAUGAGCGCGUCCUUCUUCGCGAGUCUCGACUCGGACAUGGCGACAUUGCCAAAGAGUCGGGGGCUCGCGAACACCGGGUCCUUCAACUUUGAAGCGAUUGAUGCGACGUCGAGCGACGACGAGAUGCAGCAGAACGACGACAUUCUCGAGCAGAGUCGGCUCUUGCAUGCUGCGCGGGAAGCGGGCGAGACCAAACCACUCUCUGCACGGAGCAGCACAAGCGCCCGCUCGGUGCGCAAGGAGCUCUCGAUGACCGAAAGCGCGCAACAGCGUUGCUAA